AUGUUGACGAUACGGAAGAUCCUGAAUAAGCCGCGGCCAGAUGAUUGGGCACCGUUGGCAAAAUUUUUCUAUGCGGACGAAGCGCUACAUGAUAUUGCUUCGGAGCUGGAUUCUUUUGAUGGCAGGAGAGACCCAGAACGCUGCAAUAACCUCGUCAACAAGUUGCGUGUCGCCCAGGAUCGCGUGCUGCACAUCAUUGGCGAGAUGCUGAUCACCCUAUUCCCGCGCGAGUCCGAUCGGGCGUGCCGGGAUUUUCGCGUCAAGUUCCCGGAUGAAAUUGUGCAUGAGAAUUUGCCUGGGCAACUGUGGUUUGGCGCUGAAUGCCUCGCCGCCGGCUCCAAUAUCAUCGACCAUGAAGCGGAAAGUGAACGGAUCCGACCAUUGGCCAAAGAACUCACCAAUCACCUCGAUUUUCUCAGGGACCUAUUGAAGCAUCAAUCCCUCCGCGACACUGCUCACUACACCGAGGGGAUCAAGGAUAAUUUGCUCAAAUUUGAUCGACUAUUUGCCGAAUUUGAAUUCAAAUAUGUAUCAGCUAUGGUCCCUGUGAAAAGCAUCAAGGAACACGACAGUCAAUUGGAUGUUGCCGUACUGUUCUCAGAUUGUUUGGAUCGGGCAUUAAGGAUCGGUUACGUGACGCAGGACCAAAUUGACUACUGCGACCCCUCGGUGAUGAUUGUCGUCCCCAGAUUGGCCAUUGUUUGGGGUUUGACUCAAUUCCCACAAGGCGCACUGAACGUCGAUGCGCCCCCAGAUGACCUAUCGGAGAUGUUCCGACCAUUCCACUCAUUGUUAAUCAAGAUUCGGAACUUGUUGAGGGUGUUGGACCCGGCGGAGAUGAACAAGUUGGAACGCGUGCUCUGUUCCGGAGAGUCGAACGAGCCGGCGGAAGCAGAAGCAGAGACGUUGAUGAUGUCGGAGUUCCGGGGGAGCGACAAGGCUGAACGUCUUGAGCGUAUCAACCGCCUCGAAACCGGACGUCAUUCCCCUAGCGAUGAGAUUGGGGACUUCCGCUUUGGGUUGAAGGAGAUUGAGAAGAUGACUGGGGUGAAUCCGGCAAAGAAGACUUGCGUCUUCCAAAUGGAGAACCACGACCUUCGAGCCCGUUUCCGGUCAACGGAAGAUCUUCUACAUCGGCUUUUCGUGUGCAUCUCUGGCGUGGCCGACCAGCUGCAGUCAAAUUACAGCUCAGAGGUUCGAAAGGUGCUGAAGAUGAUUCUUCAACCAUCCGAGGUGAUUCCAAUUUAUGAGGUGCCUGGGCAGGAUGCGCCAAAUCCUGGAGUGAGCGAAGAGGAGACUGGGGUUGAAGUCCACGAGUCGUUGCCGUUACCAGCAUUCAUAGGCGUACGCUGGGUCCCAGAUGAGGACUGCGAGCAGUGCACAGCGUGCUCUUCUCCGUUCACAGUCGUCAGGAGAAGACACCAUUGCCGGAACUGCGGACGAAUUUUCUGCGGGAAAUGCUCGGCAAAAAGUCUGCCAAUACCGGAAUUGGGAUACGAUCGGAAUGUGCGCGUCUGCAACCUGUGCUACUUGCACAAGUUGAACCCGUUCAUGCCGUGCAUCCCAACCCCUGCUCAAGCAACUGCAACGACGGCCCCGACGGCACAACCGAGGAGU